GUGAGCUCCCAUAACAUGAUGACCACAGUUAAAGGCAUGGCCCACAUGAUUCCUAAUCACGUCCUAAGAGUGGGUCAAACAGUUCGCCUGGACUCGGCACAACAUCCCAGUCUCACAAAGCCCUGCAGUAACCAUGGUGACCCUGAUCUCGACAUUUCCUUAGAUACUCUAAACCAUCUGAUCCUAGAACUGGAUCCCACAUUUGAACCCAUUCAGGUCAACAAAAGUCCUACAUGCAUCAGCCCUCCUGCAGAAUACUCAGAUGAAGAUGUCUCUCACUGCGUGCUGGUCCCUAGAGGAUGUUCUCCCAGGCCCUCACCCACCAUGGCCCCAUCUCUGUCACCCAGUAUACCCAUCCCUACACACAGCAGCAGUCUCAGCUGCAGUCCCCACAGCACCCUGGUAUUCUCCAGCUCCCCUACAUCCUUCCUGCCUCCGCUGCCAUGUGGAAGUGCACCCCGACGAAAUCGCUCAUCAAAGCAUGACGCUGCCUUUUUCCAAGGGCCCUUGCGCUUACAUUCCAACAGAAACAGUGGUGCCUCUCUCCUCUCCACAUCACCAGGCUCAGACACCAGUUACAUGAUGGGCAGCAACCUGUCCUUGACCAGUGAAGAUGCUGACUCUCCAGAGUUAAUCCUUAAUAUCCCAUCCAACUCCUUCAGUGAUGGGUCCAGAGUGAGGACAUCAGGAACAGGAACAUCUGACCACAGGCACAACCCAGACAGGCCCUCGCUGACAAAGCAAGCACAUCUGCAAGAGCUCCACAGCAAAGGAGCACAGAGCUGUCCUGCCUCACUCUCUGGGUCUUUUACUGACAUUCCUGUGCUGUUAGUCAAUGGUGAACCGCAGCCAGAUCUGCACAUCCAUUCUCCUGGACCAGAAAUUCCCCUGGCACAGCCCGUCCUUUGUGCCGACUCAAAACCGCUGUCUCCUCACAGUUUCCAAGCCCGUUUUAACGGCAGCCAGCCCUCAAUGAAAUUCGUCAUGGACACCUCAAAAUUUUGGUUCCGUCCACAUUUUAGCAGAGCAGAAGCUGAAGCACUGGUAAAGGACAAGGAAGCAGGAACAUUUGUGGUGAGAGACAGCACUUCCUACAGAGGCAGUUUCGGUCUGGCCAUGAAGUUGGACCAGACGUCCACCAAUUUCACUGUUACUACCUACCCAGGGGAGAGCGGUACAGAUCUUGUCAGACACUUCCUUAUUGAAUCAUCAGCUAAAGGUGUGCGCAUCAAAGGCUCUUCUCAGGAACCAUACUUUGGUAGUCUCUCUGCCCUGGUCUACCAACACACUAUUUCUGCUUAUGCUUUACCCUGCAAAUUACGGCUCCACUCUCAAGAUUUGGGCAAAACAGAAGAGAAGGCAAAUGACAAGCCAACAUCAGAGGACAAGAGUAAAACAGCUUACAAUUUCAUCUACCUGAAUGCUGUUUCCACUGAGAUGCUGACAGGCCCCUGUGCAGUGCACAAGGCGGUGUCCUCAACACUUAAGAAGACCCCAGGUUCCUUCAUACCGACUGUAGUCAACCUGAAGGUGUCUUUGAAGGGUGUAACACUCACAGAUAUCAACAGAAAGCUGUUCUUCAGACGACAUUACCCUGCUCACAUGCUUAGCUACUGUGGUGAAGAUCCAGACAACCGACUGUGGGUGAGAGGUUCCAGUUUUGGUGCAAGGAUGUUUGGCUUCGUGGUGAAAGACACAGAAUCUGGCAUGGAGAACGUGUGUCACGUCUUUGCUGAAUAUGAACCCUUGCAGCCUUGCAGCAAAGUCAUUGAGGUUAUUGAGGCUGCCAUAGACACACAAGGACUGAGACAGUUUAAACAGCAAUAAUGCCCUCCUAAGUAACCUGCUCAAUGUAGUGGCCAUUGUGAGCAUUACUCCUGCCUAUGGAUGAAACGAUUACCAGUGUCACGGUUAGCAGUACCUUUUCAAAUUUUAAAUAGCAUUAAACCCAGGGUUGAUUACCACACUUUGAAAAGCUCCCCUACUGAAGAGUUAAGUACUAUCCAACAUCUAACAAAGUUAAAGUAGCUAGAGUUUUUCAGACACAAGCACAGUAUGCAACAUAGGUUUGUUUGGGUCAUUGAAAACAUGCUGAAUGCAGUAACAGAUUGAGUGACAAUACUCCAGAGAUUUUUCAUCCAUCUAAAAAGACUAAGUCUAAAAUGUGGGCAUAUUUUUGUUUUUUUACAAGAGUUUUGAGGGAGACUUACUGCAAUUGAAGAUGGUUACCCUGUCUGCAUGUCCUACAGACAGGGUAACAGAUCAUGCAGACAUGAUCUGAAGUAAUAAGAUGCAUUUUUCAAAUCAGUAUGGCUCAUUUCAAAGACAGACUGUGGGGGCUCCCUCUGCAGGUACAACCCAGGAUGGCAGCAAAGCUGUUUGAGCCAAGAGGUUGUGUACUAUAGCACAGAAAGCGUGUGACAAAAACUGAGUUAACAUUGGAUUUGCAUGUCAGAGAUGGAGAGCAUAAGAAGCAUCCAAAGGACUAAAAUUUGACACAGACGUGGCUUUCUUCUUGCUAGACACCUAAAUAGUUAGCUAACAUGCAUAUGUCAGCAUCAUUAUCAAGCUAAUGUUAGCAUUAAAUUUUGUACCUUUAUAUUGAAUUAUUUUGACUGUCAUGACAACAUAUGAUGUAGUCUCAUAGA